ACGGCAGCACUAACUGUAGCUCGAACGACUGUCGGCUUGUAUGAUGAUCCGGAUGCCGGAGACAACCUCCAUAAUGAUCCACUUCUCCAUACCGCGACGGAACUCAACGGAGACUCAGAAUCAGACAACGACACUCAUCGAGCGAGGGUGCUACGGACAUCUGCAAACUCUCAGCACCGUCAAUUCCAAGUGCCCACACCCUUAGAAUACGAGGCUCCACCCAGUGCGGCUCAACUUUAUUGUGAUAGCCAUACUGAAUGGUUUGGACGUCUUGUCCUGCUUUUGGUUGCGGUCCUACAUGCCAAACACCGGGUAUCAUUUCGUGCAUGUGCGCUGAUCCUUUUCACGCUCAACACCAUCCUCAUCGCACUCAAUGUACUCCAACCAACUAACCCCCUUCCCAUAACACUACACACGAUCAUCAAUCGCUUCGAUCUCCAGGAUCGCUUCACCAUCUAUCCGAUCUGUGGUAGCUGUCAUCGGAUCUUUCCUAUAGAUGCACCCAUUGAUACAUUAUGUUCCGAUUGCGACAGCCGUCUUUUCAAACCUAUUUCUGACAGACUUUUUCGAAGGUUAACAGGGCGCCAGUCUCAACGUCCACCACCCAUUUGCGCAGCACCAAUUCAACUCCCGUCGUCGCUCCUUGCCGAUUUUCUAACACGGGGUGACAAUGAAGAAAGCUGUAGUUCCUGGAAAUCCCGUUCCACGGUGCCUGGCAAGCUCAAAGAUAUAUCAGAUGGUGACAUAUGGAAAACUAUUAACGGCCCUGACACGAGACCCUUCUUUUUGGACCCUCAAGACGACGGUGAACUGCGUAUAGGUGUUACAAUGAGUCUUGACUGGUGCGCUUACUUAAUUCUAUCUCGAUCAAAAUAUUCAUACCCUUUCUCUUCCCAGGUUCGGUCGUAUCGAGCAGAAAAUUUAUUAGUCUCCUUUAUGACUCCAGGGCCGAAGGAACCAACAGGAUCGCAGCUUCAGAAUUACAUGCGACUCGUUGUUGACGACCUCCUCCAGCUUUAUGACGAGGGCAUUAUAUAUCAUACCCCUGCAUAUCCUCAAGGUAAG